AUGGAACUUAAUGGACUUGAAGUUGUAAUUGCAAGUCUGUAUGUAUGGAAGAUAGUUAAGUCAACUACGGAACCGUACGAUAAAAAUUCGAAAGACUAUUCAGUUGUCAGCCAACUUAGGCAAUCUGUUGAUCUACAUUCAUAUAAGCAUAAUUUCUAUGAACGUAAAUUGGCUCUAUUCAUCGGCUUAUGGUAUUUCAUUACCAUAACAUUGAGCAUGUCACCUGAACAAAGUGCCGCGCUUGAGAAGAAAGAAAGUAAGAAUAAAAUUUGGGUUGCGCAAAUGUUCGUUCGUUUGAUUUUAUGUGGUCAUUCUCUAGCUAUUCCAAUUACACAAUUCCCAAGACUUUCAUGUCAUGCCAAAGCUCAUCAUGUCGAAGAAUUGAAAAUUAAUUCUUUGAAAUUGUGCAAAAAAAAAAGAAAAAAUCUUUUCAUGUUUCGGAAAUGUCUAAAUGAUCUUCCACUUCUACAUUCUAAAAAUAAUUUAAGCAUUUGUGUUCAAUUUAAAAGAUAUCGAAUCUUAAGUCUCACCAAUCAAUCUAUAAAAGGUCUUCCGCCGAUAUUGUUAAUUUCAUCUAUUUAUGGCAUUUUGAUUGAUGACGCACGCUUGAAUCACUUUACUGCUUCAAGUCAUUAA